GGGAAGUAAGUUACUAUUGUUUUCAUUGUACUCUAUACAUCACAAUGAAUCCAAAUGCAAGGCUUGCCGUAGUGGACCAUGAAGAGGGCAGCUGUCCAUUCCGGGAGUCUGAGGUUAGGGCUCCCAGCAGUGGAGCUCCCAGCAUACGAUUCAGCACUCUGGCUCUGGUGCCCAGCAGCACACUUGCUGAGUGUCCUUGGGCAAGUUACUCCCCCUCUCUGAGCUUCAGUUCCUCAUUUGUAAAAUGAGAAUAAUAAUAGUGCUUGUCUCACAAGGUUGUUGUGAACAUUGAGUACAUUAAUACACAGAAAGUUUGGCAGAGGGAGAAUAUAAUUGGCUUAUUUUCUUUGAGAGACAGUAUAAUUUAGUGUUUAAGAGCAUGGACUCUAGGAGGGGUGCCUGGGUGGCUCAGUCGGUUAAGCAUCCGACAUUUGGUUUCAGCUCAGGUCAUGAUCUCAGGGUCCUGAGAUCGAACCAAGCCUGACUUUGGGCUCCACACUCAACAUGGAGUCUGCUUGAGAUUCUCUCCCUCUCCCUCUCCUUCUGCCUUCUGACCCUUUCCCUGUGCUCGCUUGCUCUUUCUCUCUUAAAAUAAAAUAAAAUAAAAUAAAAUAAAAUAAAAUAAAAUAAAAUAAGCAUGGACUCUGGGUUUCAAUUCCUGGAUCUACUGCUACUCAUUUGUUGUGUGACCUUGGGCCAGUUCCCUAAUCUCUCUGUGCUUUAGUGUUUUCAGCUAUAAAGUGGGGCUGAUAAUAGCAUUUAACUUCUAUAACUUCUAUAAGGUAAGUGUGAGGAUUAAAUAAAUCAAUACAGGUAAAGGUUCUUGCCCUAUCAUCCGGCAGGACUGUCAGGGCUCUAUGGCAGUAGCUAUUAAAAUAAUUGUACAAGAUUUACUCCUCACAAAAUUCUUUGCUGGAAGUACUAUUUCCUUUAUGGGUAAGAAGACAGGCUUGUAUAAGUGAAGGGCUCUAGGAUGGAAGCCUUGACUUUGUGUUAGGUCUGGCAGGGCCCAAUGUUCAAGCUCAAGGGCAUCUCAAACCAACCAGUGAAGCAGACACUGCUCUGCCCCAGGUAGGCUGUUGAUGAGUUCUCUCCGAGUAUACCAUUAUAAGGCACUAGACUUCUUCCCUCCAGUCCUCCUUGUGUGGCUCCCAGUUCCUUUCCCUGUCUUUCAUUCAUGUACCAUCAGCCCCACAGCUAGUCUCCAUUCAGGCACCCUGAGCAACGGCAGCCUGGUCUUUCACUUCUUAAUUUCUAGCCUCCAUUCUUCACCCUUGUCUUUUAAUGAGCUAGCCCAGACUCAGCCUGCAUUCAAACCCAGCUCUGCGACUUGCUAGCUGUGUGGCCUUGGGCAAGUUCCUUAGCCUCUCUGUGACUAACUUUCCUCAUCUGUAAAAUCAAAUAUAGUAGCACCCAUAUCAGGGUGGUAUUGCAAGGAUGAAAUGAAUGGAUGCUUGCCAAGUUCUCAGAACAGAGCCUCACUCAGCAGAAAGUGCUAUGUAAGUAGUGGGCGUUUGUUACUGUUGUUGUUGUAACUGUCAUAUACACAGUAGAGUUUAACAUCUGGUGUUUCCUCAAACCCAGGGAGAAGAAAAUAAAGUGAUCUCAACACUGUUACUGGGUCACCCAAAAGCAAGUAUUCUCCUACCUGUGUCCCAAGGCCAGAGCACUUUCCACAGCCAGACACUGUGGUCAGAGAGUGCGUCACUUCAUAACUCCUUGCUUCAACUUUUCCAGCCACAGCUAGGCCAGGAAUCCAGAAUGGUAAAACUAGAUUUAUAGUCAGAGAGAGCCCAUCCCAAGCUGAACCAGGGUGGAGUCCAGGCCUUGAGACUCCAUCUCCACCCUAAUCCUCCCAGAGCAGUUAGGGGAGACUCCUGAGGGAGGAAUCUGGGGGUGGUCAGAGGGCACAUCCUGUAACAUUGGUCCAUGGAGGCUGUGCCAGCUGGAGACAGCACUUGAACAUGGCUCAGUGGAAGCAGUGGGCUGGACAUGCUCCAUGGCUACAGGCUCCCAAGGCCACCAUUGCAGGGCUAGCCCAGGCUGGGGAAAUGACCCACGGAAGGAGGGUCUUGGCUCUGCUGUGUCCAGAGCACCAAUGGGAGGAGGCAGAAAACCAGGCAAGGGAAAAGUGAGGCAAGAAAAGACAUGAAGAGUGGCUACAGUACUGAUUAAGUCCAUGGUCACUUGUUGAAUGCCCCUCAGAUGCCAGCCCUGUGCUAGUGCAUUCCAGCCCCUCUCUAGCCGAGGAGGCAAGCAAUUCUCAAAAGGUGACUCUGUUCAAGGAGGCAGGUACCAAGGCCGAGGAGUGACCCUCUGUUAGUGCUGGGGUUUGGGGCAGGGGUUAUGCCAAGCUAGUGUCCAGGCCGGCUUCUGGGAAGGGAGAAUUUAUAUUUCAUUUUACAAGAUAUGAUUUCCAAAUUGUGAGGAAGCCAGCCUAAUUUUCGUUCAUUAGAAGUGAUCUCAGAUGUUAUUCUUGGUUUUACAUUUUGAAAGCUAGUAUGGCUUUUUGAGGUAACAUUUGAUCUUGUUUAUUUGUUCACUAGUCAGAGCUAUAGCAUGGGCAGCACACUCGGUAUGGCUGUGCCAUGGGCAUCUGAGAGGGGACCUCACGUGACCCUAUCCUCAAGAGCUCUUGGCUGGGGAGGAGGCAGCUACAGGACUGAUAAGACAGGUAGAGGAGGAAAGGUGAUGAGAGACACAGACAGGGACCUAGUGAAAAGGGGAAGGUUUGGUCAGGUUUCGUGGAGUCUUGAUCAGGGGUAUGCCAGUAAAGGUUUAAUAACCAGCUCUCAGUGAUGAUGGUGGGGGCACAUGCAAGAAGGAGAGGAAGCUCCAAUUUGUGGCAUUUGCCAUGGUAUAAAUAUCCCCACCAUGACCAAUUUCAAGCUACCAGCUUAACAUCCCCCAAUGUGGAAUUAGUUAAUUCCAUGGUUGUUUGUUGGAUGCCUCCCAGAUAUUGCAUAACUGGCUCUCAUAAGCCUGUGGGAGCUGCUCCAGCACAUCAAACCUUAACACUGGUUAUUAAGGUCAGACGUCCUGCUACCAGAGGCUCAUCCUUCAAACUCAGGUAUGGCUGGAUAAGCCAAAUGAACUUGGGCAUAAGGAAAAGUGAACAUAAAAAAGAAAAACCUGAGUGAGUCCAGAGGGACAGAGCUCCGGAACUGAGUGUGUCCUCCCAGCAUGGCCCCCACUGCCUCCCCUCUGCCGCCGACCACUGAGGUCACCAGUUCUGAGAACAGCAGCUCCUUCUACGACUAUGAGUAUUACCUGGACCAGGUAGCCUUCAUGCUCUGCAGGAAGGACGAAGUGCUGGCCUUUGGCAGGAUCUUCCUGCCAAUCUUCUACAGCCUGAUCUUUGUGCUGGGUUUGGGCGGGAACCUCCUUCUUCUAGUGGUCUUGCUUCGGUAUAUACCUCGCAGGCGGAUGACUGAAGUCUAUCUGCUGAACCUGGCCAUCUCCAACCUCCUGUUUGUGGUGACACUGCCUUUCUGGGGCAUCUCCGUGGCCUGGCAUUGGGUCUUUGGGAAUUUCUUGUGCAAGAUGGUGAGCACCCUCUAUACCAUCAACUUCUACAGUGGCAUCUUCUUCAUUAGCUGCAUGAGCCUGGACAAAUACCUGGAGAUCGUCCAUGCUCAGCCUCACCACAGGCUGAGAACCCGGGCCAAAAGCCUGCUCCUGGCUGCCAUGGUAUGGGCUAUGGCCCUGGCUGUCUCCAUCCCCGACAUGGUUUUUGUGCGGACACAUGAAAACCCCAUAGGUGUGUGGAACUGCUAUGCAGAUUUUGGGGGUCAUGCGACCAUCUGGAAGCUCUUCCUCCGUUUCCAGCAGAACUUCCUGGGGUUUAUUCUUCCACUCCUUGUCAUGAUCUUCUUCUACUCCCGCAUUGGCUCUGUGCUGGUCAGGCUGAGGCCCCCAGGUCAGGGCCGGGCUCUAAGGAUAGUCGUAGCCCUCGUGGUGGCGUUCUUUGUGCUCUGGUUCCCAUACAACCUCACCUUGUUUCUGCACUCACUGCUGGACCUCCAAGUCUUUGGGGAAUGCAAGGUUGCCCGACACCUGGACUAUGCAAUGCAGGUGACAGAGAGCAUUGCCUUCCUUCACUGCUGCUUCACCCCCAUUCUUUAUGCUUUCUCCAGCCGCCACUUCCGCCAGUACCUGAAGGCUUUCCUCGUCACUGUGCUCAGGCGGCACCAGACACCUUGCCCUGCACAGGCCCCGCUGUCCAGCUGUUCUGAGAGUAGCAGUAUUACUGCUCAAGAAGAAAUGACCAACAUGAAUAACCUUGGGGAGAGGCAGGCUGAACACUCCCCCAACAAGAAUGAUAUGGGAAAAAAUUAAGUCUGAGUGUCCAUACCAUGGUCUGGUGGGAAUGUCUGGGACCUAGUUCACUCAGUUGGGCAUCCACCCAAACUCCUCUCUCCUCAGAGACCAUGUUGCCACACCCCAUGGUCAGCUCUCAGUUCUCCACCAUAAGCGACAUUUGCUUACUCCUGCCUCCUUCUUCCUCUUUCUUUAUUGCCUUCUAGGAAACCAUACUCUCUUGAGUGAAUUGCUAGAGUAGUUUCCCAACUGACCUCUAUGCUUGCUGUCAUGCACUCCUGUCAUCUAAUCUACAUCCACCAGUCAGAAUGAUCACAUCCCCCUCAGCUGUCACUUCCAUCAUCCUCAGAGUAGCCCAAGGCUUGCCACCCACCAGUCUGCUCCCUUCCCUGGAGCUCAGCUGGGGAAAUAUUGUUGCAAUAUUGUUUAAUGUCACAGCAUUGAUGGUGGCUCCAAGGGUCUGGCCAGUGGGAGGGGCUGGAAGUGCCCCACAUGGGGAACUUUCCAGGAACAUGAGAGAUAGCAGGUGGGUGGCAGAGUGAACACAUGUUCCUAGCAGUUCAAGAGGAUCAUCUUCUCUCUGCUUCCCAUGCUCUCUCUGGAGCCUUCAGGGGUCCCUGGGGUCUAUGCAAAGCCCAAGGUCUUUGUCCAGACUCCAAGGUCUUUCACAAGUACCAUACACCAGCUUACUCUUAUACUCCUUCAUUACUUUUCAUUUCCUGGACACCAGGAACCCCUUGUUUCUUGCACCUUCGCACCUUUAUGUUUUGCACUUGCCACUCUCUUGUGUAACAGGGAUCAUUUUUCAGCCACCUGUCCCUUCAUCCUUUUUUUUAUAACAGAAUUCUACUUGCUCUGGGAAGCCACUCCUUGGUCACUCUGCCCUCUGCAUUGGAUAGAAGUUGAGUAGAGCACAGGACUUGAGCCAAUUACAGCCUUACCUUUCCCUGGCACAGUGAUUCAUUUAGAAUGGGCACAGGACCCAGGAAGAGCUUGUGAAAUGUGGCAAUUAAAAUAUGCUAGAGCAGAGGCAUGAGACUAAAGCCAAGAAGAUGUGUAGUCUGGGGUCCUCCUUCAUCAACUUGAACUUCAGAGGGUGAGGUAAUAGCACAGUAAGUGAGCAGACCCUGAGGGCCAGAAUCUAGGCAUGGCUGAAGAUCAUCCCAGUCCUGGACUUGACGGUUACAUAAACCAAUAUAUUCCUUUAAAGUUUAGGUGGUAAUGUUUUGUAACUUGUAAUCUAAGGAUUCCUGGCUGAUAUGUCCUGCCUGGGUGCUUUCCUCUUCAUGUCCCCUGUGGUUAACAUCUGCCCUGCUCACUGAAGGUGGUGAUUUGUUUGAGGAUGUGGUGGAUAGGGUUCUAUUUUAGGGCUUCUGAAAUGUGCCUCAUAAGGGACUUAAGUUCUGCCCAUAGAGCAGCCUGACUGAACCAACAGGGUCUUAGGUACCCAGGGUCUCUGACUUUGUAUCCAUGAUGCACAGAUGGAAUGGCAUGAGGUAUGCCAGCCAAGGGACACACCUGGUAAGGCUCGUCCCCAGCACUGGUGCAUGUGUGUGUGUGUAGUCUGUGUACACGUGUCUGUUUUGCUCUGUGGGCUGUGCAUAGGACAUAUGGUUAUGUAUGUAGGUCUGACAUGAACAUGUCACUGUGUCCACAUGGGUCUGGGCAUGUGCCCAUGGGUUUUCUGUGUGUUCCUAUGUGUCUUUCUGUAGCUGUGUAAGUGUGGGCAUGUGCUGUCUGCAAACAGCAGGUAUAUAAGAAGGGCCCCAAAGCAUAUGCCCAAGGGAGAGAAGGGCUGCCACAGAUGACCCAUUGAUCUCUCUCAGUGUCCUAGUUGCCGUUUACUGCAGAUGCCAUAUUGAGGGCUCUCACUUCUAUCACUUCUCACUGAUCAGGAAGUGAAUUCAGAGGUGGGCUCUCACAGCCCAGGCCAGGCCAGGGCUGCCUUCAUCCUGACCUUACUUCCUCAGCCUGGACGUUGGUUUCUCCUGCUGUUCUCCAUCUGCCCAAAUGCCUGGCUCCCUGGCUUCACUGCUCAGACCUUUCCAAGAAAGCUCCCAGGAUUCUCUUGUUCCUCAUAUCCUGAGGCAAGAUGGACUUUUCUCCUGGCUGACCCUGGGAGAAGGACAGGCAUGGCUCUGCCUGGGAGCAGGGCUGCCCACUCUCUACCCUGUGAAGUAUGGUUUCAGGUUUACAGCUGUUACUACCUAUGAAAAAAGAAAAGCCAAACCAAACCAAAACAAAAACCUCUUUUCUUUCCCAGGUUCCUGCAAUUCCACCAUUGGCAUGUCAUCCCUGAUCUUGCUUUGUUAUUAGCUAUCCUCAGAGAAUACACAUAGUGGACUUUGAGAGAGAAAAAAAUUAGUACAGAAAUGAGGAUUUGGGGAUCAGAACUGCUGUGUCAGAACAUGUAGUGACUAGUUGUAUCCUUGGGGGUUUCACACUUUCUACUGCCUCAAGGCCCCUGGAAGGUAAGAAAGGGUAGCCCUUGUAGAGAGUGUGUCCUGUCCCCAUGCAGAGGGCAUAGGACUACAGGUGACAUGGGCCCCACCCUUGCCCAUAGGUGGGCAUUGGCUUCUGUGUGCACAGUCUAACCCUGAGUAGUCAUGUCUUCCUGGGAGGCCCAUUGUUAUGGUGGAUAUCCAUGACUGUGGGAUGGUAUACUUGUAUUCACCUCAACCUGACCCACUGAAGGUUCCCUUGGUCCCAGGCAUACCCUCAAACAUGAGGUUCUUGGGAGAUCUACAUGAAGUCACUCUCAGUUGAGACUUCUUGGUCUUGACUCAAUGGAUUUGGGCCCUCAGGUUAGGCCCCUGGCCCAGAUUUCUUUGAGCGUGGGUAAAAUGAGAGGAUGCAGCACUUAGGUCUGCGCAGGACCCAGGAGUAUGUCAAGGCCCUGUAUCUUUGCCCUGAACCCAAUACCUGCUCUGGUACAGGGCCUGGCUAUGUGGAGAGGUCAUUGGUAAGCUCCCCAUGGUGGCUCCUAGCCUCUCAGUCUGCUUAUUCCUCUUCUGUACUCCCCAUGUGAGUUUUCUUUUGCUCCUGGCCCCUUGUAGAAUAGGGUGGGAUAUCCUGGCUGCAGUCAGACAGCAUCAUUUUGGAGUAAAUAGAUUCACAGAAAGGCAGGCUCUGGCUCAGAGUCACAUAGCAAGUGGAGACAGACACCUAUCUCUAGUCCCGUGUUUGAGCUGCUCUAACAACCUGUUAUCCUGGCAAAACUCUGAGCAGGACAACCAGCCUCAAUAUAAUAGAAGAGGAUAGUAAUAGGUGAGGGAUAGGUGAGUAAGAGAGAAGCCCCACUGGGCAUCCUCGCAGGGGUUCUAUGCCAUUUGGCCUCCCUAUGCCCACUUCCACAGCCAUUGCCCCUCCUGUCUGGGCCAUGCCAUCAGCCAACUGGGCUCUGGCAACAACACCCUCUCACUCACCCCCAGCCCUGGAAAGUAUGCCUGGUAAUGAGAUUGUCUCCAUUUCAUAUGCCAGAAAGCUGAGUGAGGCCAGGGAGGGGAAGGAAAUGAUUUGAGGACAAGAAGUAAAGUGGCUGAGACUGAGUCAAUUUUCUGUCAUUUAAUCUCUGUUUAGGGAAUUGGGGGUCAGAGAUGAAGUAAUAAGAUACCAAGUCCUAUGAGCUCCAGUCUGGGGGAGGGGGAAAGAGAAAGAGAGCAGGACAUAGAAAGCAAUGACACAUAACAGAUGUGCUAUGACACAAACUAUGCUAGGGUAGCCUCAGGGGAUGGAGUCCAUUUCUGGCCAGAGGAUGGAAGGGGUGAGAUCCAGGAAAACUUCCAGGAGAAGCCAGCCCCGGGGUUGGCUGUAGAAGCAGGCAACUGUACUUUAUAGAUCGUAAAUUGCACUGGAUUGAAAAUUUAGGGAUCGAUGGUGGCAAAAUUUAAAUGUUAGGUGUGGAAGGAUGGGGGGCCCGAAAAGUGAAAGAGUGACAAUCAGAGUUGAAAGGUUUGGAGAAAGGUCAGGGUAAAGAGAGGACCCGGCAUGCCUGGUGUGGGGAGAUGCGGGGUGCUGAGCUAUAAGAAAGGCAGUGGGGGUGGGAAAAACGUGACAGUUUCAAAGGCACCACCCGGGCUUAAAGGAACAGACUGGGGCCUGACUACAAACGGGUGAGAGCAGGGGAGGAAGUGAGGGUGUCUUCUCCAUAUCUGUCUUGGGGGAUAGUGCAGCUGGUGGUGUCCUGAGCAGAGACAGGCAGAGAAAUCCAGAGAAGGGGGUGGUUUAGGGCAGAGGUGAGGAACAGAUGCUGAGUUCUGCAUGAGCCAAACUGAGUCAGAGGGGCUGUGGGACCCCGGUAAGGAGGCUGAGGGUCUGCAUUGUAGGAACGUGUUCCAAGCUCAGCAGUGGUUGCAGAAACCAGAGGAGCGGUUGACGUGGGGUGGGCGCUUGGAGGGGAGACAAGGGCAUUGAGGAGGGGCCUUGAAUAACUCCUAUGUGAAAGGCAACAUGUCUCUAGACCUGCUCUAUCCAGUUCGGGAGCCACUAGCCCCAGAUGGCUGUUGAGCACUUAGAAUGCACCUGGUCUGAAGUGAGAAAGGAUGCUAGGGGAAAAAGUACACACCAGAAUUUCCAGGCAACACAGAAAAGAGAACUGUAAAAAUAUUUCACAACUAUUCUUAUAUUGAUGACAUAUUGAAAUGCUAAUCUUUUAGAUAUAUUGGUCUAAGUUAAAUAUAUUAUAAACAUGAA